CCUUAGUGCUUUUGUACAAAACGCUGCCGUUUAUUUUCUUUCCUUUGGACUUUCCUUCCUCAGUUACUGGUCUGCUCUGCCUCUGCAAUCUUCAGCUUUCGUUAGACGCUCCUCUUUUUGUCCCAAGAGAAUCAGUUAUGGUUCUCCCCUUUGAUUUGCAGGAUUUUCUUCUCCGUGCUCGAGUGCUGAAUCUUUACAGGCAGGCACUGAGGACUGCUCAGAGAGCCCCUGUUCAUGCUAGAGCUGAAUUGAGACAGACGAUUAGACAAGAGAUGGAGAAAAACCGUAACUGCAAUGACAAGCAAAGGAUCCGUUUCUUGAUUAGUGAAGGAUUAGAGAGAUUGAAAGGUCUGGAUGAGAUGCUUGAUAUGCAAGGUCACUGAUAGUGAAGUAGUGAAGUUUUUGAUAAACUGCAUUUGGUAUUCCUUUGGAUUCAUUCAUCUUUCCAAGGAUUGUUAUUCAUAUCUUCCCCCGCUCAUUGCAACCUAUUUUAUUGUGUCUAAACAUUUUAAUGACCUUUUUUUUUUCCAUACUAGAGUCUACUCUUUGGAGGCAUUGGGUUCAUGUCCAAACUCCAAAUAAUCAUAAGAUUGAGGCACAUGGUUUGCAUAUUCCAUAUCCACUUAGCUAAAAGUGGGUGAGCAAGUACAAAUUUCUGUCAAUUUGAUAAUGUUAUUUGAAAA